AUGGAGACUGUCUCACACUGUGUACUUACAACGCGAGAACAGUGUCCACAGACGCUGACCUGCAUGCCCUUCUGGUCUGUUCUAAUCACCGCUCCCUUCGUGCGAAAAUACGACUUAGCCACACCAUGGAAAAGAACAUCUGCUAUCAGCAACGAAGGAGAAAAUAAGUUGUCCACGACGUUUGCGUACUCGAGGACUCCUUGUCCCAAGGUGACUGACACAUCGAGGAGGACCCAAACGCUGACUACGAGAUGCUGCUCAGAGGAUUACGAGCCAGUGUCGCACAUUGAGCGGUUAGUAGCAAACACUAGCUGCAGAAAGGCGUUGCAGGAGGAUCUUUUGAAGUACAGGCAGAAGAAGAUUCUGGAAGCAGCACAAAAAAGAAGGAGUCUAAAGAAGUGCCGCAGGGAUCUCUGCGGAUAUAAUGUUCCCCUAGCAGCCUUGCUGAGCGAAGACGGGACUCGUCGUGAGAUGGAAAUCAUUACGGAGAGACUCCACUCGAACCUUUUCCGUUCAUCGACUCCUGUGUCAAGCCCGAUCAUCGCUACUGGUGAAGCUCCACCACGGAUUCUCCACGGAUUCGAAAGUACGAGUCGCUAUCAAUAG